CGGGCGGAGCUCGGCGGGAGGCGGACGAGAUGCGAGCGCAGCCGGGGCCCCGGCCGCUCUGGGCAACUGUGCUGGCGCUGGGGGCGCUGGCGGGCGUUGGCGUCGGAGGGCCCAACAUCUGUACCACGCGAGGUGUGAGCUCCUGCCAGCAGUGCCUGGCUGUGAGCCCCAUGUGUGCCUGGUGCUCUGAUGAGGCCCUGCCUCUGGGCUCACCUCGCUGUGACCUGAAGGAGAAUCUGCUGAAGGAUAACUGUGCCCCGGAAUCCAUCGAGUUCCCAGUCAGUGAGGCCCGAGUACUAGAGGACAGGCCCCUCAGCGACAAAGGCUCUGGAGACAGCUCCCAGGUCACUCAAGUCAGUCCCCAGAGGAUUGCACUCCGGCUCCGGCCAGAUGAUUCGAAGAAUUUCUCCAUCCAAGUGCGGCAGGUGGAGGAUUACCCUGUGGACAUCUACUACUUGAUGGACCUGUCUUACUCCAUGAAGGACGAUCUGUGGAGCAUCCAGAACCUGGGUACCAAGCUGGCCACCCAGAUGCGAAAGCUCACCAGUAACCUGCGGAUUGGCUUCGGGGCAUUUGUGGACAAGCCUGUGUCACCAUACAUGUAUAUCUCCCCACCAGAGGCCCUCGAAAACCCCUGCUAUGAUAUGAAGACCACCUGCUUGCCCAUGUUUGGCUACAAACACGUGCUGUCGCUAACUGACCAGGUGACCCGCUUCAAUGAGGAAGUGAAGAAGCAGAGUGUGUCACGGAACCGAGAUGCCCCAGAGGGUGGCUUUGAUGCCAUCAUGCAGGCUACAGUCUGUGAUGAAAAGAUUGGCUGGAGGAAUGAUGCAUCGCACUUGCUGGUGUUUACCACUGAUGCCAAGACUCAUAUAGCACUGGACGGAAGGCUGGCAGGCAUUGUCCAGCCCAAUGAUGGGCAGUGUCAUGUUGGUAGUGACAAUCAUUACUCUGCCUCCACUACCAUGGAUUAUCCCUCUUUGGGGCUGAUGACUGAGAAGCUCUCCCAGAAAAACAUCAAUUUGAUCUUUGCAGUGACUGAAAAUGUAGUCAAUCUCUAUCAGAACUAUAGUGAGCUCAUCCCAGGGACCACAGUCGGGGUUCUGUCCAUGGAUUCCAGCAAUGUCCUCCAGCUCAUUGUUGAUGCUUAUGGGAAAAUCCGCUCUAAAGUCGAGCUGGAAGUGCGUGACCUCCCUGAAGAAUUGUCUCUAUCCUUCAACGCCACCUGCCUCAACAAUGAGGUCAUCCCCGGCCUCAAGUCUUGUAUGGGACUCAAGAUUGGAGACACGGUGAGCUUCAGCAUUGAGGCCAAGGUGCGAGGCUGCCCCCAGGAGAAGGAGAAGUCCUUUACCAUCAAGCCCGUGGGCUUCAAGGACAGCCUGAUCGUCCAGGUCACCUUUGAUUGCGACUGUGCCUGCCAGGCCCAAGCUGAACCUAAUAGCCGUCACUGCAACAAUGGCAAUGGGACCUUUGAGUGUGGGGUGUGCCGUUGUGGGCCUGGCUGGCUGGGAUCCCAGUGUGAGUGCUCAGAGGAGGACUAUCGCCCUUCCCAGCAGGACGAGUGCAGCCCCCGGGAGGGUCAGCCCGUCUGCAGCCAGCGGGGCGAGUGUCUCUGUGGUCAAUGUGUCUGCCACAGCAGUGACUUUGGCAAGAUCACGGGCAAGUACUGCGAGUGUGAUGACUUCUCCUGUGUCCGCUACAAGGGGGAGAUGUGCUCAGGCCAUGGCCAGUGCAGCUGUGGGGACUGCCUGUGUGACUCUGACUGGACCGGCUACUACUGCAACUGCACCACACGUACUGACACCUGCAUGUCCAGCAAUGGGCUGCUGUGCAGCGGCCGCGGCAAGUGUGAAUGUGGCAGCUGUGUCUGUAUCCAGCCGGGCUCCUAUGGGGACACCUGUGAGAAGUGCCCUACCUGUCCAGAUGCCUGCACCUUUAAGAAAGAAUGCGUAGAGUGUAAGAAGUUUGACCGGGGAGCCCUACAUGAUGAAAAUACCUGCAACCGUUACUGCCGCGAUGAGAUUGAGUCAGUGAAAGAGCUUAAGGACACUGGCAAGGAUGCAGUGAAUUGUACCUAUAAGAAUGAGGAUGACUGUGUCGUCAGAUUCCAGUACUAUGAAGACUCUAGUGGAAAGUCCAUCCUGUAUGUGGUAGAAGAGCCAGAGUGUCCCAAGGGCCCUGACAUCCUGGUGGUCCUGCUGUCAGUGAUGGGGGCCAUUCUGCUCAUCGGCCUUGCCACUCUGCUCAUCUGGAAGCUCCUCAUCACCAUCCACGACCGAAAAGAGUUUGCUAAAUUUGAGGAAGAACGCGCCAGAGCAAAAUGGGACACAGCCAACAACCCACUGUAUAAAGAGGCCACGUCUACCUUCACCAAUAUCACCUACCGGGGCACUUAAUGAUAAGCAGUCAUCCUCAGAUCAUUAUCAGCCUGUGCCACGAUUGCAGGAGUCUCUGCCAUCAUGUUUACAGAGGACAGUAUUUGUGGGGAGGGAUUUGGGGCUCAGAGUGGGGUGGGUUGGGAGAAUGUCAGUAUGUGGAAGUGUGGGUCUGUGUGUGUGUGUGUGUCUGUGUGUUGUGUGUGGGAGUGUGUAAUUUAAAUUGUGAUGUGUCCUGAUAA